GUCAGGAGACGGAGGCGGUCUCCACCACUCCUCUGCUCACUCCCUGACACAAAGGUCUUCUGCUGUGUCUAUUUGAGAUCUGGUCGCUACUGAUGCACAGCAACAGGUCCAAGAUGUGGCUGUUUUGGGGAGUGGCCUGCUUAGUCCAACAGGCUCUGACAUCUGAAGAAUUCAGCAGUAGAAGACAUCUGAAUCCUCAAGAAUUUAUGACUAUUCCUGAAGUUAUCCAGUAUUGGGGAUACCCCAGUGAAGAGUAUACAAUCCUGACAAGGGAUGGCUAUUACCUGCAGGCAAACAGAAUUCCACAUGGAAGACAUAGUUCUGGAAAGACAGGGCCUAAGUCAGUUGUGUUAUUGGUACCUGGUAACCUUUGUGAAGGCAGGAGCUGGAUUUCAAAUCUUCCUAGCAAUAGUCUGGGAUUUGUUCUAGCAGAUGCUGAUUAUGAUGUCUGGAUAAUAAAUAACAGGGGGACCACCUGGUCUAGAAGACAUCAGCACUUCUCAGUAGACCAAGAAGAAUUUUGGAAUUUCAGCUUUCAUGAAAUGGCAAUUUAUGAUAUUCCAGCAGCCAUAGACUUUAUUCUGCAGAAAACUAAGCAAAAAAGCUUGUAUUAUAUUGGCCAUUCCCAGGGAGGUACAACGGGUUUUAUUGCCUUUUCAACCAUGCCACAGCUUGCUCAAAAGGUUAAACUCUUCAUGGGCCUGGCUCCUGCCUACACACUGGACGGCAUGAAAGGAGUCUUUUCCUUAAUUCUACGCCUUCCUCAAGAAUUGAUAAGACUUAUGUGUGGCAGUAAUGAACUCUGCUUUUUCUAUAACAAACUAAAAGCCAACAAUGCCAAGUGGUGCAGCUAUCCAGGGAUUGACAAACUUUGUCUCCAAAUCAUGUCCUUAUUCCAAGGACGCAAUGAGAAAAACCUAAAUGUGAGUCGAGCAGAUGUGUAUCUUGGAAUUUACCCUGAUUUUACUUCUACAAAAACUAUUGCACACUGGAGUCAGGUUGAGAAAACCAACCAACUUAAGUAUUUUGAUUAUGGAUCAAAGAACAAAGCUUUCUACAACAUGAGUACACCCCCAUUUUAUAAGAUAGAAGACAUUACUGUGCCAACAGCUGUGUGGAGUGGUGGGAAUGACAUUGUUGUAACCAAAAAGGCUAUUGAACGGCUGCUCCCUCGAAUCCCUCAUUUAGUUUUCUAUAAGAAUAUUCCUGAAUGGCAACAUUCAGAUUUUAUCUGGGGUCUUGAUGCACCAGACCAGUUGUUUAAGGAUGUGCUUUCUCUGAUGCAAAAGUUCAAAUAAUGUUUUAAUAUGAGGGGAAACUAUAUAUCUGAUAUUAAUGCAGACACAUUUUUUUAAAAAAUUACAUUUAUUGUUUUCUGUACUUAUGUUCUUCUUUUCUGUCGCAAAUAAUACUUAUUAUUAUAAUAUAUAUUCAUAUUAUAUUGUGUAACCAUGCAUUAUAGAAUAAACUUGCUUCUGUUCUGCAAUGAAUCAUGGAAUUCCUUGCCAAUAUGAAGGGACCCCUAAAAGGCCAAAUAAUAUGCAGCUUGAAAUAACUUUUUGUAUUCCAGCGGAAGGUACUCCAAUUCUGACUAGCCCACCCAACCAGAGGUCAGUGAGGGAAAUGUCACACAUUGCUCAGGUUUGGCUAUCAAGACCAUGAGCCUCCAUAGGGCGGCUGUCUCUUAUUUUAGCAAAUGUUUUCAACUGCUUGACCCCUGUAAUACCUUCCACGUAAAAGAAGCUAAUCGCUGGCUGGCAUUGUGUACACCUGGCUUUGCCAGACACAAGGGAGCCUAUUACUGUUGAGACUUUGCGG